CUCCUUCUUCAAAUGUUGCUGUACUUUAAUGCUGUAUUUUUUCCAGUCUGGUUAUUGGUUGUAAUUACAUUGCUUAUUUUAAAAAUAGAUAUUUUGCCGAACUUUUACGAAACGAUUAUGGUCAGUUUAUAUGCAUGCAUGUCGCUGGUUGAACUCACACGAAUCUAUUUGGCAUAUGUAGGAAAUUUAAUGGAAAAAGUUACGGAGUUGGCAGCUUUCUGGGUUUUGACUGUAGCGUUACAGUUUCCAGCAAUAAUAUUUCUGAGUGUUUAUGGUCCCUUUUUGCAAAAACCUGUUGAACGAUGUUUUAAUAUUAUUUUAGCUUUGUUUAUAAUUACGGAAAUAAUCGUUGGAGCUUAUUGCAUUAAGAAAAUGGUGGAUCUAAUGAUGAUUCGAUUUAAACUGAAGCAACAUAGCGGUUUGAAUAAUGUUUUGGAGAAUAAAGUUUAUGUCAACGAACUGUUUCAAAACGAUUGA